GAGAGAGAGAGAAAGAGAGAGGAGCCUCCAGUCCCUGCCGGAGGAGGGAGUGACCGAGGGGCUGGCGGGGAAGGGACAGGAUGGCUUGCAAGCUUCUGCCAGCAGGACCCGGCAGGGAGAGGCUCAGGCAGCGACCCAGGCUGUGGUGAUGGCUGGGGCUGCAGAGCCCCCUCCAGGGCCCCGCCCGCCCCUGCCCCGCCUCUAAGGGACACCCCAGAAGUUAGCAUCAGUGCCACUUGGAAGCAGCCACCGCAACAAGUGUCCCAGCGAUGGCUGGGGAUUCCAGGAAUGCCAUGAACCAGAACAUGGAGAUUGGAGUCACUCCCAGAGACCCCAGGAAGAUCCCCAAACAGGCUCGCGAUUACGUACCCAUCGCCACGGAUCACACCCGCCUGCUGGCCGAGGGCAAGAAGCCACGCCAGCGCUACAUGGAAAAGACCGGCAAGUGCAACGUGCACCAUGGCAACGUCCAGGAGACCUACCGGUACCUGAGCGACCUCUUCACCACGCUGGUGGACCUCAAGUGGCGCUUCAACCUGCUGGUCUUCACCAUGGUCUACACCAUCACCUGGCUCUUCUUCGGCUUCCUGUGGUGGCUCAUCGCCUACAUCCGGGGUGACCUGGACCACGUCGGGGACAAAGAGUGGAUUCCCUGUGUCGAAAACCUCAGUGGCUUCGUGUCGGCCUUCCUGUUCUCCAUCGAGACGGAAACCACCAUCGGGUACGGCUUUCGGGUGAUCACGGAGAAGUGCCCGGAGGGUAUCAUCCUCUUGAUGGUGCAGGCCAUCCUGGGCUCCAUCGUCAACGCCUUCAUGGUGGGCUGCAUGUUCGUCAAGAUCAGUCAGCCCAAGAAGAGAGCCGAGACGCUCAUGUUCUCCAACCACGCGGUCAUCUCCAUGCGGGACGAGAAGCUCUGCCUCAUGUUCCGCGUGGGGGACCUCAGGAACUCCCACAUCGUGGAGGCCUCCAUCCGGGCCAAGCUCAUCAAGUCCCGGCAGACCAAGGAGGGGGAGUUCAUCCCCCUGAACCAGACCGACAUCAACGUGGGCUUUGACACCGGGGACGACCGCCUCUUCCUCGUGUCGCCGCUCAUCAUCUCCCACGAGAUCAACGAGAAGAGCCCUUUCUGGGAGAUGUCCCGGGCCCAGCUGGGUCAAGAGGAGUUUGAAAUCGUGGUCAUUCUAGAAGGGAUGGUGGAGGCCACAGGCAUGACUUGCCAAGCACGGAGCUCCUACAUGGAUACAGAGGUGCUCUGGGGCCACCGGUUCACGCCAGUCCUCACCUUGGAAAAGGGCUUCUAUGAGGUGGACUACAACACCUUCCAUGACACCUAUGAGACCAACACGCCCAGCUGCUGUGCCAAGGAGCUGGCGGAAAUGAAGCAGGAAGGCCGGCUCUUCCCGUGCCUCCCCAGCACCCCCCUGCCGGGAAGCUGUGCGAAAGCAGAGCUGGAUGCUGAGGCUGAGCAGGAUGGAGAGGACCAGCCAGAGGGGCUGAAUGGGUCCCGGGAGACCAGGGGCUUGGUAGAGCCUGUGGCAGCUCCAGGGAGAAAGGAAGCCGGGGUUCAGAGGGCCAGAUGAGCCCGUCGGGGUCCAACAGGGGUUGGGGAGAGGGGGGAGAGGGGAGAGGGAAGGACAGCAGAGAGAAGAGCAAGCAAGCAGCAUUUUUAAGUAAAAGCAUCAGCACCGAUCGUUGACUGAGGUGUCUGACUUCAGGGCUCAGCACAUCUUUGUUAACCAGUGAAUUAGGGGGUGGGAGGCAAAAACGAGAGGUGACUGCAGGGGCAGCUGCACCUUCAAGCCCA